CGGGCCGCGCUCCUCCGCCAGCCGCUGUUAGUACGCACAGUUUUCAUCGUAGCUUUUCCUGUUAUCGUUGGUGUGGCUGUGUCGCUAACGAAAUCAGGACUGGCGCAGCGACAGUGAGAGUCUCUGCGAUGACCGCAACGCUCGAGGCUACCGACUAGCCUCCCUGUGUGCAUAUGUGUGUCUAUAUUUAUGCACCAGUGUUAUGAGUGACAGUCGACGGCUCGGCAUCUGCGUGAGGAGCUGCAGCUGUAGCAACAAUAACAGAAUAGACAAAGAGCUUUCGUCGUCAUCGCUAUCGCUCCCGCCGCGGAAGGUGGCUGUAGGCGAGGCGUAGUAGUGAUAAUCGUUGGUAGAGCCGUCACCUGAAGCGACGGAUCUCUCCGAGGACUGUUCCGUUGAGUAAACUAAGCGGCUGGGGCUUGUUUGUUCAAGAGCGAACCACAGACGAAUUGAUUGUUACAGCUGGGGCUGAGGUAACCGUUGUCGCUCUUCUACCAGCAUUCACUCGCUCACUCACCGCUCGACCAGUGCAGAUUUUUCGUGAAGUGAGUAGUCAUACGGCUACUAAUUAGCUGUGAAUUCGCGGCAGUGAGCUUCACCGUGGGACGGUGCGUCUUGCUGCGGAUGAGUAGUAGCCGGUCAGUGCAUGGAAACGGAGUUUGGGCGUAGCACGAAGAUUCAAUCUUCUUUUCUAUGACAAAAUCAACAAAAAUCAAAGAAAACGACGCGACCACAGCGAUUCUCAAAUCUGUCAGCAGGAACAGAGAGAGCUGAUGCUGUUGCUAGUCGAGCUGAAGUUUCAAUCGUUCUAUCGAUUUUCUCUUUAUACGCGUGUGGAUGUCGCGUGUUCCACCGCCGCUGCUAAUUCGUGUUUAUCAUUCACGAGCGCCACGGCCAGGGAUCGACGACGGCAGGACGGCCGGUCAGUCAGCUAGCCGCUAUAACCGCCCACUACAAUAGGACCGAGAACGACACCCAAACCUACUGUGGUAUUCUUCGACUUCCUUAAAGCUCCGCUGCAAAGUGUCGUGGUCUGUGUUUUCCAACAACGAAUAGCAACAAUUGCAAACAAAAACAACAAGGACAAAUACUACAUCCAACUAGUUAAAAAGAAAGCGAGCGACGGACAGUGAACCAAAGAUGACGGAAACCAUGUUAGACAAAACUAUGAAAAACUGGAAAGAAGAAGAAAUCGCUCUCAAUGUAGACAGUAACUCGGUAACAACAUUCGUUUGAUACAAGAAAUUUCAAAAAUUGACCACGAAUGCAGCAGCGAGCUAUACCAGUGUCAUUGGCGAUGCGUCUGUUGUUGUUCUCUGCAGAAUACCACGACGUAUAUAGCAUAGGGUAGAAACUGAGGACACGAUGUAUUCAGGCCAUUUUUGAGUUUGAACGUAUGAAUGUAGUGGUCCCCAAGCAUUUACCGUGAACGCAAACAACCUCCUGCAGUGCUCGUACCUCCCUCUCGUGGCAUCGAAUGGCAGUGGCGGAAUGUACCGCCACCACAUCUAAUCCUAACGGCGCACAUCACGCUUCAAACCCAUCCACUAUAGUGAGUAGUCCGUUAUGAAUAGUAUCCACGUAAUGACUGGUUCGCUUUCGCUUUUGACGUAUUCGACGCGUGGAUCGCUGAGCAAAUAAGCCCACGGUUAACCUUAUCGCUCCUGGUUGUGCGACCCCUGUCGUCAUUGUUGCCGUGUCGACCUGACGCUGCCGCAGCACCUGACAGCUGAUUGUGAGCGAGCGAGCGAGCGUCGCGCCAUUGGAGACUUCCUGCAGACCCGGUGAGGCUGGUCGGUCACAACGCGAGGAUCGAGCGUGGCUACGGAGACAAGACGUAAUUUGUAGCAGUUCAAAUAGUUCGGCUAAAAGCCACGAAGAGCGGCGGCUGCAGCGCUGAAAAGCUGCUUCUCAUGUCAUGAUUGGUCUGUACCCCGGUUCACCGUUACUAUAUUAAACUCGACUGUGGAAAGCCAACUUAGAAGCAUAGUGUCUUGCCAACGUUAGAAGCUCUAUAGCUAUUAUCUGCUAGCUUUGUGCUAACCGGACCAGAAAAAAGGUAGUCUUGGCCAAACAUCGUGGCUAGUCGUCGCCGGACCAUUGGUAUUACUACCAGCAUUGUUAUUAUUAGCGAUAAAUCUACCAGGGGCCAAGGAACAAACCUAAAUAAUUCGAAGAGGGGAAAAAGAAGAAAUCUAUUCUGUUGCUAUUAUGUAAGCAGCGUUCGAACUGUUUUCAUCGUAAUUUAUUGUGGCUGUCUACCACGUGAGUGAAAAAAGGCCUGUCGGAGCUUAGCCAGACCGACAGGUGAAAGUUUUUCCGACACUGCCGUAACGGCGCAGCUACUUUGGUCCCCGACACCGCUGCCUUCGACAGCGUGAAAGUUCCAUGCAGCGACGCACUCCGUUUAUAACUCAUGCCUGCUGUAUACUCCGUGCUGUUCCUGGACACCAGCUCGCCCGACGGUAGAUCAGCGUCGCUGUGAGAAGCGAGUCUGUGUCUAUACGGUCUGUCACGGUUGACGUAUGUAUUCAUCCGUGCGUUCCAGAGAAGUGUUUCCACUAGGGAGCAGUUAACUGGCGUUAAGCGCAAAAGUUUGCUAGUCAAUUGCUUAUUGCUGUCGGUGGAUAUUUCGAUAGGUCGUGUUGGAUUGGGUAAGGUUCGUUCAACGCAAAGUGACGUGAUAACUAAUUGUUCCAUGUGUUGCAUCGCCGCUGUGUUGGCGGAGCAAGAGUGGAUUUCAGGCGAACGACGCUAGUGAUUGGUUUAUGGCGACGACACUGAAGGCGUUAACGUUAGUACAAGCGUUUGAAAGUUGGUGGCGUCAUGUAGCUUGGAAACUCUGAGUGAUUCUCAGUAUUUGCGACAAUAAAAGCAACUUUUAGUAGCCCUAGCGAUACAAGGAAUACGCAAAACGAGCGACGCAGUUGAGAUAGUUGACAUUCGAUAGAAAACCCGGGCGGGAUUUUCAGUUUAGCUUUUUCGGAUUAACUCGACAGGCUAACGUAUUCAGAUCAGACAUAUCCGAUCAUCCCCCCUACGGCCAUGUCCAAUUUGUAUCAAGAUUUAAAAGGGCAAAUUAAGCUGACGCCGCGUACAACCGCUCAGGUCAUUAACUUGAAUCAACCUCCAAAACCCGAGGAGAUCUCUGCCAAUUUGCAUAGGCAUCAGCAAAGUCUGCUGUCGCAGCGCAGCAUCAUUGGCCUGAACGGGCCGGUGUCGUCUUCGUCGACAUCGGCAAUCACCAAUGCUACUUCCUCGGUGUUAGCACGCUCAGCUCCCGACCUACCUGGCGCCCGGCGAGGUAAUCCACCACCGAACCUGUCCACAAACACAGUGGAUCGCUCCCAAAGUUAUCAUGGAACCCUGUCGGACUUCUCCGACUUUUAUCGACUUCCUCCCGUUUAUCCGGGCAAUCGGCGUGCAAGCGGCGUUACGGGACCCGUUUACGAGAACUAUCCGCAGACUGGUGGUGGAAAUAGCACUCAUCCUGUUACUACAAGCAGUUUUUCCGGCCACCCGCCAGCCGUAUCGAUGUCAGCAACGCCUUUGCCCUCCGGCGCUUCGGUAUCGAUGUUGGACUACCUUCGCCAAUCACCCCGUUCCUCGUUAUCAUCAGAUUCGUCACCUCGGGAAUCGGUUUUAGAAGCACCGCCUGCUUAUCCUGGCCACAGCAAACCGCCUCAGCCUUUACCUGGCCAACCGCCCGUGUACGCGAAUCUCGCUGAGCUCAAAAAGGCUAUUGUUCCGUCGCCCCCACCACCGCCGUAUAAGCCUGCUCCAGUAAAAAAACGUAUUGAGGAACUCGAAAAGGAAUUCCGUGCUCCGCGCGGCGGGGUCGCUGGUCCCGGACCAUGCGGGGAGACGAUCUCAUCGCUGGGCUUGUCAUUGGCUGGACUUUCAUUGCCAUCUGGUUGUAAAACCGAGCAGAAUCCUUCGUUGCAGGCCGUCCAUAGCUCGCCUUCACGAGACUGUCCACCACCGGCACCGGCGCCUCCAAGCCCGUGUCCUCAUGAAGGCUCGGCAGGCCUGCCCCUUCCGCCUCCUCCUCCCUAUCCAGGGGGACCGCACCCCGUCCAUAUAUCCAGUGUGCCAGCUGGCCACAGUGGUCAGUCUAGUAUAGGAGGGAUAAACAACCGUGUGGCAACCAAUGCUUUCGGUGGGUACAAUGCUGCAGUGAUGGCGGAUUCCACAACGCCCCGAGACAUGAGUCCGAAAUCUGGUCACGGAGUAGCUUCUAGCCACCUUAGCGCUGGACUAAGUGCCCGAGUACAAGCGCAAUCAGUACAGGAUAAACUAGAACGGAUGACACGCGAAAUUGAGGAAGAGAUGGAACGCCAAGCUCCUGAUGGGGAGUUUUUCGGUGUUUGUCAUUCAUGUGGCGAGAGGGUCGCUGGGGCCGGACAGGCGUGUCAAGCAAUGGGACAGGUUUUUCACACACAAUGUUUCGUAUGCGUGUCAUGUGGCCGGGCGUUGCGCGGGAAAGCUUUCUAUAAUGUUCAUGGAAAGGUAUAUUGUGAAGAGGACUAUCUGUACAGUGGAUUUCAGCAAACGGCGGAGAAGUGUGCAGUGUGCGGGCACCUCAUCAUGGAAAUGAUUCUUCAAGCAAUGGGUAAAUCGUACCAUCCAGGAUGCUUUCGGUGUUGUGUGUGCAAUGAUUGCCUUGAUGGGGUUCCGUUCACUAUUGACAUGGAUAACAAAAUCUACUGCGUCCAGGAUUUUCACAAGACGUACGCACCAAAAUGUGCAGCCUGCGGUAAGGCGAUCACCCCCGUUGAGGGCACGGACGAAACGGUUCGGGUAGUCUCGAUGGACAACGAUUAUCACAUCGACUGCUACGUUUGCGAGGAUUGCAAACAGCAAUUGACAGACGAGCCCGAUAAACGCUGCUAUCCUUUAGAUGGCCACCUGCUUUGCCAGCGGUGCCACGUCCGAAGGCUUGAAGCCCGAGGAAGCCGGAGCAGUUCGGCGUGCGCGAGUCAUUCUUCUCGACCUCACUCACCUCGCCAAUCACUGCAGCCACAGCUGCAACAGCAACUUCAUCAAUAUCAACAUGGCACACAGGGAGCCCAGGUCGUUUGGAAUGGCCAUCCGCCGUAGAUCGCGAUUAGACAGUUAGAGUCUGUGCAUGUCUAUUCUAGAAACUGAGUAAACGCACCCCGGAGGCGAUACUUUUGUUUAUUUUCUAAUUGUACGAAAUCGAUUACACGAUGGAAUUUAACGAAGUAGAAAAAGGACGGCGAAUGUUACCAAGAGCAAGUAGUAAUGAAUAUAGUUAUAUUAUUAAAAGUAUUUCAUUCUUGUGGAAUCCUAAACUAGGAUCCGUUCGUAUCGUCGAUCGAUGAUGAUGCGAAUGAAUAUUGAUGUCACCUAAUAAUGCUAUAUGUGCAGUCGCAUAUGCUAACAUAUAUACAUGUAAUAAUAUAGAAAUAAAUUAUAUAUUAUGCAUAAAUUAGGGCGGUUGCCAUUAGAAGAUUCCGUUCCAGUAUCGGCUUAAAUAUGCCACGAAUCUUCAAUUCAUCGUUAUAAUCGCAUAAUAAUUUUCCAUAUGGCCGAGAAGGCUUUGUGUCAGCCAAAUCAAUCAUAGUGAUAAUUCAAGAAGCAGCAUUUCAAGGACUCUGACAAAGUAUACACAUCAAUCAUCAAACUGUAUAUUUAUUUGCAAGCAGCGGCUACGGUCUGUGUAAACGUCGUUCAGACGUAAAUGCAACUAUAGGGAAUAAAUAAGUGGCAGAAUUGAACAGGCGAUGAUUUAGGAAGGUUGUGCGAGGGUAACGCGAAGAUAAACCAUUAGAGAACAACGAACCCGCACAAGUGUGCGUUUUUUAUGACGCGCUAGCUAUGUGACGUCUAAAACAGAAAGAGAAACCGAUCAGCUCUGUGGUAAUGGAGUCUGUAGACGUCUAAUUAUUUAAUUUUAAGUAACUGUUGUGGUUUGUUGAUAUAACUCGAAUACGUAAUCGUAACAAGGAUUGGGACAGAAAGAGAGAGAGGGAAAGGGAAGUCAUAGAAAAAGCCAACAAUUAGAUCUGACAGUGUCAAACAUACCCAGCUGUUUUGGCAAACUAGGUAUAAAUGGAUUUUGUUAAUUUUUUGCAGCAAUUGUAGCAGUCAUACAAGAUGACUACCACUAUCAGUGGCCAACAUCAGUAAGCAUCAAUUAAUUACCUGGCAAGAUGUACGUAAGUUUUUGCUAAGCACAGCUAAGGGUUCAAUAAAGACGAAGACUCGAGGUGGGUGUUUAAACGCUAACUUCUUGGGUUGUUCCUGAGGCAAUUUUCUUGGCAGCUUUCUACCAUAGAUGGAGGCAGCAAUAGUAAUGAUUUUUGUUAUUAUGUCGUGUCCUCACCAUUAUUUUAGUCGUAUACACAUUAUGACAUAGUGACUAACCUUGUGACAGAAGUGCGACCUGUUCUGCAUGACAUAAGGAUGAAUAUGUGCUCCGUUGUGGUACAAUAGUAUCUUAUACAUUGAGACAAUACUGUCUAAACAAGUUAUCACCUCUAGUAGAAUAAAUAUAAGUAAGAAAUGAUUGUAUGGCACGCGAGGCAAAAAGCUAAAAUUACGACGACGAUGGGAAUAAAAAGAGGAGGUACUACUGCGUUAUAUAGACACUGGUGAUCUUUUUUUUUACUGAACCCAUCGGGGAGUUGGAUAUGGGUGCAAAUUUAACCUCUCCUGUAUUCAUUUAUUUGCAUAAGCUGCGCAUAUAUAAGGGACAGUAUUUAAAGUCCGUCCCUGUUCGGACUUUUCUCCUCGCGUGUAUAGCGUGAUAUGUGUUGGCGAACAUGAACGGAACAUCGACGACAAACCCUUUAAGUCGCCCAUAGUGUUUGCAUAUUAAAAUAAUGAUUAACGUUAGAAUCAGAAGAACACCUUACACUAAAAAAUAACCAUAGCUUCUAGAGAAAACAUUUGUUUU